CUAAGGUAUUGCUCAAAACCGCGGUGCAUUAUCUUUCGCUUUGGGACCCAGUCUCCGCACAGUGGAUCAGGGAAUACUAAAACACUCAUGAUGCCAGCUCUUUGUACGAAUUGAACUUGAUGCCUUAAGGUUGUAUGUGAUUAAAAACCGAGUCUUGCCUCAUAUAGAAAUGGGCUGUUUUAAAGAGGGCAAAUUGUGGGAUUCGGAUGCGAAAAUUUGCUGAAACCGACCGGGAUGACCUGAAAUAUACAAAGCUUGAAAGCUAUGAUGGAUCUAGAACCACAUAAUAUUUCAGUCCUUGCAGAAUCUUCCUUAUGACAAAGACAUUGUUAUUUUGCCUUGAGAAGAUCCUACCGGAUCCUACCGGAUCGAAAAGCUACGCCAUCUUAUACUUUUAAAGUUUUUGUAUUCGCGUACAUGUAUUUUAAUCUGCAUUUUCAAUCAAAAUAAUGCAUUGCGGCUCACCUUUUCAACAAAAAUUAUGUUUUGUACUGUAACGUUUGUGUCUAAAUGAUGCACAUGUUAAAGUUAGAUGCAGAAUUAUCGUGCCAAAGUGGUACUUGUCAAACAGAUUUUGGACAGUUAAAAAGUACAAUCAUUGGCGUUGCUUAGAGCAAGGGGUACCCCCAAUGGAAAAAAAAGAAAAUAGGUCUAAAGAAACAGGAAAUGGGAAAUGCUGGCUUUUCACAAAUAUUUUCCAAAUUGAUCCUUCCCCUCGUGUUGAUGGUUUGUGAACUUGUGUCUGUCGAGUACUAUAACCACAAGACAGACUACUCCCCCCCAAUCCUGGCAACGCCCAUAAGUAUAUAAAAACAAAUCAGCCAAUAUAAAAAAGUAACUGAAAAUCGUUGUUUUGCACUGUAUAUAUAGAAAUGCGUGAGUUUUUAUUGUGUGCUCAAUUGAGCACUUUUAUUUGGGGCUUCGUUAAUGAUUUUUUUCUGUCGUGUCUUUUUUUACGAAAGGUAUAUGUUGUAUAGUCGUUGGGUUUUAUGUGAAACAAUUGAGCAACCGCUGUCAUGAACUGUUUGGUGCAUGGGCUUCCAGGAUGGUGUGUUUCUGACAGUACACAAUGAGCUUUCUGAUCGUCAAACAACACCUGGUGUGCCUGACAGACAAGUUCAUGCACACCUGCAACAGCCAAGAAACCCUGGAACGGCCUUGAUCCGUCUACGCCCGCGCCGCAUUCAUGGGAGAUAGCAGAGUAGGACCGGCCGUUCUUUGGAGUUUGCACUUGGCACCCUCCAAAGAAAAUCACGAAUCUUCAGAAUUUUUGUAUGCAUAACUGAUACGAUACAGAGCGUCUUUUGUAAAGCCGUUUUUUAUUGGCCUCGCAAGUGUUAAUCCGAGAGAGAAAAAAAUCAUAGUUUACGGGACCGAAUGUUUGUGGCUAGCAAUUUUUCAUUUAGAAUAGCAAGACUGAAAAUGCAAUUAAGUUGGAGUGGGGAUUGAAUGGGCCAAAUAAAGUGGAAUAGAUUUAUGACUUUCCUUGUAUAUAUUUGUAUAUAGAGAUAUGAUUGAUGCAGUUCUGUCGAUUCAUAGUGUAAAAAAACCCCAUGCGGCAAGUUGUUGCCACAUGAUCUAGUUGGCUAGUAUUAGGCCUACAUGUACCUCGAACAGGCGAAGUGUAAUGGACCACACAAUAUUUAGUGAGACUGAAAUCGGUGCAAAUCCGUUCGAAGUACCCCCUUUGCCGUCUGUGAGAAUUCCCCCGCAUAAAGAAAGUGUACUGAACGAAAAUUUAAUAAUUGUGACAAAGUGUGUAAAUUCAUCAGACUUUCCACCAUUUGGUUUUAGCACCAAUGUUAGUUGUACUUAAUCUGUAUUUAAGAAUUGGAUUUGAAUUUGUACUUUAAGAAGUCCUUACUGGCUGCAUAAUCGUUUCAUUUAAAGAUUGAAUUAUAAAGUGAAUUUUUGUAAAACAGCUUUAUUCUACACCAACGAUACUCUGAAGGCUUACAUUUGAGUACGCUAGCUUAGUAAACGCCAAAAUGCGAUCUUUCCUCUACCGAGUACGAGAUAACAGAAAAGAAAUAUCAUCGUUCCAAAAAAACACAGGGCCUCAGUCAAUAAGGUCACUUGAUAGCUGUAUCUAUAUUUUCUAUAUGCGUCUGCGUUGAAGACCAACCAAUAAUCAACCUCAAAGCCAAAAUAAAAUGUCUAAGAACGCAGAACUUUGCCCGUCCAAUACAGUUACUGACUAACAAAAGCCUGGAGUGUUGGCAUCUAAAUCGAAUUUCGCUCACUUCCCGGGCGCGUUUAUCGUCACUCUCUUUUUGACAAUGUGAGUUAAUCGACCGGAAAAUAUAUGCAACCCUUUUAGUCCUUUAUCCAAAAUUAUUGAAAUGCCAUCGGGUUGACUUCGGACGAGUCUGGGUGUUGGAGUCGGGAAGUGCAAGUUGAAGAGCGAUUCACUGUCGGACAUUACAAAGUUUACAAACAACCGCUCGUGAACCUUGCACAAUUUAAGCUCACUGUCGGCUUUUAAGUGCGAACGGCGUUCACAGGGGUGGGGCCCACUGUACAACAAACGCCGAACAUUUCAGCUUCGUGGAGCCGGACUCAGACCGGGAAUAACACCAAACCUGCAGUUGCGCAAAGCAGAUGGAAUUGCUUCGUACAGGGCUAAAGUUAAAACCUACAGGCAGCAAAUGCUCAUGCAGGGGGCAGCGGUGCCACUGAUUUGGAAAUAAAAGUAAAGAAUCCAAGAAAGAAAACUCCGCACCGCAGACCUUGCAUCGUCGGUUGCAGAGGCGCCUUCUUUCACGGCACAGUCAUGGGAAACAUGAAUGACUGCAUGGGAGGGCCAGUGGACGAGGCCACACGCCGCAGUCGAGAGAUCGACAAGUUCCUCAAGGAGAGUGGAAAGGAAUUCAAGGCGUACCUAAAGAAUUGGACCAAGCUUUUGUUGCUAGGUGCUGGUGAGUCAGGAAAAAGUACCAUCGUAAAACAAAUGAGGAUUCUACACGUAGAUGGAUUUUCACCAGAAGAAAGAAGGAAGAAAAUUGAAGACAUAAGAAGGAAUAUCCGAGAUGCAAUCUUGACGAUAACAGGAGCAAUGAGCACCUUAACACCACCCAUUCAACUAGCAGAACCACAGAACCAAUUCAGACUGGAUUAUAUUCAAGAUGUCUCAAGUUCACCGGAUUUUGAUUACCCGGAGGAAUUCUGGGAGCAUACAAAAAGGUUAUGGCAAGACAGCGGUGUACAAGCCUGCUACGAUCGAUCACACGAGUAUCAACUUAUAGAUAGUGCACAAUAUUUUUUAAAUAGAGUUGAUGAUAUUAGCCAGUCAGAUUAUAGUCCAAGUGAACAGGAUAUCCUUCGGUGUCGUGUUCUAACAUCGGGUAUAUUUGAAACGAGGUUUCAAGUUGACAAAGUAAACUUUCACAUGUUCGAUGUAGGAGGACAGAGAGAUGAGAGGAGGAAGUGGAUCCAGUGUUUCAAUGAUGUGACAGCCAUCAUCUUCGUGGUCGCGUGCAGUAGUUACAAUUUGGUACUGAGGGAAGACCCCAGUCAAAACCGCCUCCGAGAGUCUCUGGAGCUCUUCAAGAGUAUCUGGAACAACAGGUGGCUGCGGACAAUCUCAGUCAUCUUGUUCCUCAACAAGCAAGACCUGCUGGCAGAGAAAGUCAAAGCGGGUCGUUCAAAGAUCGAGGACUACUUCAGUGAAUUCGAGCACUACACCAUACCCCCAGAUGCACAAAUUGAGCCGGGUGAGGAUGAGUGUGUGGUGAAGGCCAAGUUCUUCAUUCGGGACGAAUUCCUUCGUAUCAGCACAGCGAGCGGCGAUGGCAGACAUUACUGCUAUCCCCACUUCACGUGUGCAGUGGACACGGAAAACAUCAGGCGGGUCUUCAACGACUGUCGGGAUAUAAUCCAACGGAUGCACCUCAGACAAUACGAGUUGCUGUGACAACAGCCCUCCCAGAAUUCCCUUCUCCUCCUCUCCCCUCCCCGCAUCUCGGUUUGACCCGGAGAACAUCCCCUCUCCUUCCCUCUUGCUGCGUCAGCGCUGACGACAGCCCCCUCCCUAGGGUGUGUCAACAGCCAGCCGUAAAAAAAAAAAAAAAUCCAAAACCAGGAACAAAUAAACACGAAGAACGAAAAGAUGAUGGAGCCAAGAGAGGAAUGGGGGUGCGAUUGAUCUUGUAGGCUUCACUUUUGGGGGAGUUUGGUGAGACUGCUGAGUGCAUACAGCUAGUUCUGCUGACAUUCUUCAUUUUGAGGUUUUUUUUUUUUUAAUUGUAAAAAAAAAAGAACAAGAACAAACAACCCAAGUCUUAUACUCGGAACAGCCACCAGUCACCAUGCCCAGACUGGUUUUCACGUAACUACGAAAGAAGAAUAAAUUUUAAAGAAAAAGUGUGAAAACUGAUAUUUAAACAAAACACACACACAAAAAAAAAUAAUGAAAAUGUUGCAAUGUGAUUUUACAGUUUAAAUUAAUUAAAGAGAUGAAUGCAGGCAAGAGUGGUUUGUCAUGGACAAUGAGCUGAUGUAGACUACGGCUCGUAUUUAUUUGUUGCAUGCAUGACUGUACAUAUCCUAAGAAAUUCUUAAGUUACUUGGAGCUGAAGGGGAAAAAUGAAAUUGUGAAAAAUGAAACGAAAAAAGAAGGGGGAAUGAAAAAUGAAAGAAAUAACCAAAAAAAAGGUCUGUCAAACUCCAAAUACACAAUUGAGGAUGAACCACGUGGGGUGACUUUACAUGGAAAGUAUUAGCAAUACUUGCUUUUUCAAAUGCCAAAUCUUGUUACUGCACAAACCAGGCAGGAGCUUCAUCAGAUACUUGCUGCUAACACUUGUCAACUUUUGUCACAGGGAAAAAAGCCACUCGAAGCCAAGUUUUGGCGACACCGAGGUCUUGGCAAGUCUUAAUUUUUUUUAAUGCCAAUCACUGUAGUACAAGUGCUGCAUGGUAACAUCUGCUUGGUGUUCACCAUCUUAUCUGCUAAAGUCGCUAAAGUGGGGGAGGGAUAAAGUGUGAGAUACUAACUAGGAAAAAAAAAUGAAACGGUUCAAGGAAAGUCAUUUUUUUUUGCCAAGGUUUCUCGUAAAUAUUUGGAAGGUUUAAAGAACUGUUACCGUAGCUUGAAGCAGCAUGUGGUUUGCAGUGUACUCAAAAUGUAAUUGUUGGUAUUCUGGUAAUUUUGCUUUUCAUUUUUUUUUCUCUCUUCUUCAUUGACACCAGUCACCAAUACUUUUGCUUUUUGGCAUCUUUUUGUAUAAAAAAGAGAGAGAAAUUUUACCCCAAGCCCUGUCCCUGUUGGCAGGGUGUGUUUUGUUGCUUUUUACAAUCUUGCAUGUAAGAUUACUCGCUGAAAGUUUGCAUUGUCGACCAGCCAUUUGAUUUUGUCAAUGGUAAGUGAAGAAUGGUCUCCAAAAUCCACUGAACUUGCAUGGCUGUGCAUGUUGCAUGGUUUUUUCUUUUCUCUUUUUUUCGCAAUAAGUUUCCUUCUCCAAGAAGCAGCUCUGCAUGUACAUGUACAAGCUCAUGACAAGUUUUCUCUCAUUGGUGGCAUUGGAUUGAGCCUAAGCAAGAAAACUUGUCAAAUCUCGGCGUUGUGUCUCUGCACGCAAACUUUGCGACAGAUGAGUGUUGCCAACAGCAGAGCUCAUGCCAUUAACAUUGCCUGAUCAAAUAAUACUGAUCCCUACACUAACCACACCCUCCUUAAAUCAAGGAAAGCAUUUCCGUUACCACUUUGGGGAAAAAAAAAGAGAGAGAGAGAAAAGAUGUGGUCACCGAGUCGUGAAAUCCAGAAAAGUCUAUUGAAAUUAUCGUUGACUUUUUCCCCAGGAAGCACCGAGAACAAGCUUAUAGAAUCACAUUCAAGGCAAUCAUUUCAGAGAGGGAUCGUGAAACGUCAGUCCAAGGAGUGGCAUUGCUAGUUGCAGUCAUGAAAUGAAACAAAGUUUGUUGGUUUUUUUCAAAUUAAGAGUUUUAAAAAAAAUGUCAGGAGAGCGUUGAUGUAAUUAUGGUACCAUUGUGGUAGUGACGGGAAUGGGGUUUGACAGACACCUAAAUGAAGUACAAAUUUUUAUUUAUUUUUUAUUUUAGGAAAUGUACAUAUUAUAUAGUCAAGCCGUCAUGCAAAUUCACUGUCUCUUUUGUGUGUGUUUGGGGGGUUUUGUGUCUUUUUAACCCCUCUCCUGAGUCGGUGGGAAUGAAGGACUGCACUGUUGAUAGUCAUCAUGAUGUAAUAUGACUAGAUGUGGUUUAUAUAGUGAUUGUGUGAAUUUGUUUAAAGAAACCUGACACUAACAUGCAAGUUGUACAUACAGUGCAUAGACAAGAAGUAGCCCCUCCAAACAAAUCAGUGAGGGGACUAAAAAUGGGACUUUUCCAUUUUGUGUACAUCCCAUCAAUUGGCGUCUCCCUCCCUGCACCCCAGCUCAGCUCAUUUUCGUUGGGAAAUUUCAAAACCACUCUGUCAGGAAAAAAAAUAGCUUGUAACAAAUGAUAUCCAGGUAAUGAAGCCAGGCUCCCCCUCCCUUUGCCUUUUUUUUUGUACAAACGGGUUAGCAACUGGUUUUUGGCUUCGGGGACAGUCAUCAACAGUUAAAAGCUUCUGACUGUGUUCCAUGAACACAUCCCUAAGCAUUUCUUGGUACAGUUCACCCCCCAUGUGAUUAUUGUUAUUUAUUAUAUAGAGAAUCUCUCCCCAUUACUUGGGAGAAGUGUUAGAGAAUGAGAUGAACUCCUGUGUACAUACUAAAAUGAAGUUAAGAACUAGUGUUUAACUCUUUAAAAAAUCAUAGCUGAUCUGUCUGUUUUGGGGUUGUACAUUUUGGGGCCAUCAGUUUGGGGGUUUUGUUUGGUUUUUCUCUCAUUUUUAUUUAUUAUUUUGUUUUUAUUUUGUUAAUUUGAAAACAAAGGGAGCACCACUGCCACAUGGUAUGUGUUCUAGUCCAUCUUUUGAUGCGUCAUCUGCGUGUUUUGUCAAGAAACUUGGGAAAACUGUUUUUCGGUCAAGCAGAUGAGAGUUGUGGCUUGCAGCCCUGUGGUAUUUUUUCCUUCGGUCCCUCUGAGAAGACGGUGCCCAGUUUUUAUCAGCAUGAUGCCAGAAACAGAAAACCCUGCCUGCAGUUGAUAGAAUUUGCAGGAGAUUUGACCAGAAUGUCCAUUGAUGGGGAAAUGGUUUUUGUAGAUUGUGUUAACCUGAUUCUCUGCAGUUCUUUGUUAAUAUUUAUAGGGUGUAUAACAAAACCUUGAGUUGGCGUGUGGUGUUUGAGAAGCAUUGCGCUGGUCUUGUCUCCAACAGUUUACCUUCUCGGGCAGUGUGCACUGGGCGCAGUGAAGCUUUGUGACCGUAACAGCUGGAACAGAACUCUCUUGAUCUAAUACUGUGGCAGAUUGGAGGAUCCCUGCUGCUGUUUCAUGUGUGCUCUGCCUCACUUGUAGUUCUGCAGGACUUUAUGAGCACAAAAUAGCUCAAGCUGCAGCCUGGCAGGGACAGAAGUCUGUCUUGGGGCAUUGUUUUACUGGAAAAACCGCUCGCUGAUUAUUCAUUAUGCAUAAACACGGGAAUACUGAACAGGCAGAGGGAAUAUCCUCUUUGUCAAAACCUCUGUUUUUCAAAGACCCUAAGAGCAUGGCCAAGAGCAAGCUUCACUUCUCAAAAACUGAGCUCAACCUCAGGUGUUGUGUGGUUUUGCAAACCCUCUUUUGUAAAAAAAAAAAAAAAAGAAAACCCGGGACCAAUUAGAAUCGAAAUCAAACUAUGGCAAAUAAUUUUUUGUUUGUAGAAGAAGAAAGUGGGGAGAGUACUGCAGAUUUUUCCAGCAUUAUUUCAAGUCUUUUUUUUUUCCAAAUAUGCACCGGAAGAACUACAUCACUCUGUUCAAUUGUUGCAUGACUUGCGCAGCUGCAAACUUUAGAACUCUUGUGUUUUGUUAGUUUUCACCCAGUUCUACAUUGUUAGGAAACACAAUCACUUAGGUUUGCACAACCACUUAGUUCACCAGGAUGCAACGCACAAUCUGUCAUCACAGUGAACUAUGUAGCAUUUGUUAUCAAGCACUACAGAAACCCGAAGUCUUCACCGCACUGCAGUACCAGAAGGAUGGAUAUAGAGAUGUGAGUGCUGGCAAAUUCCGGAGGCUUCCUAAACCUUGUACUUUUGAUGGCAACUCCAAUUCGUUCUCAUCUUGGGCCAUGUUUGAUCAGUGACCCUCUGUCAACCAACCAGCCAUUGAUUUUCUCCUUACAUAUUUUACGUACAUGUUAUUGGGCCGAACUGUCCAGUGGUCGAUACACUCUCAUCAAAAGAACUUUGCCUUUCCAACUGUUCAUCUGUUCUUUUCUCUGUGUCUCUCCUGUCACAUGUCUGAUUUUGUUCCCGUCCACGUUUCCCAUUCUAGCGUCUGUCUUUGUCCAUUUUUACAUCAGCUCGCUUAGUCUGUUCACACCAUGCAGCUUUCUUUCAUUUGCGAUCAUGAUCUCUUUUUUUGUCUGUCUAUCAGUCUACCUACUGUGAUUGACCUGAUGUGUGUGGUUUUGGUUCUCCCAAAGGUCAUUCUGUGCUUUCUGCUCCUUUGUGUGUGUUUCUCUCUCUGUACAUGUUUGCCUUUACCCUUUUCUGUGCCCAGUGCCAACUACACCCAGUUGUUCUUAUUUCUUAUUACAAUAGCUCUCUGUGUGUUUCCUCUGACUGGCCUUCAGCAAGUUGUACACACCACAGUUUGCCUCCUGUCUUGAUUCAUGCAUUUUCUCUGUCACUUUAUUUCAAACUAGACGUGAUUUCUGCCAACAAACUGCAACCCCUACACACAAAUAUCAACCAUUAACGUUAUAGGUAUAAGCAAUAAAACAAAACUUAAGUUAAAAAAAAUAGACGUACUUUAGGGAAAAAAGAAACGAUAAUCCUCACAAUGUAAGUGUUGUUAACUUCUCUCUUGCUGCAGCUGUGGGUUUUUGUUUUGUUUUAUUUUUGUUUUAUUUUUUUUAAGGUAUUUUUCCUGAGUAGCUAUGAUAGCACUAGCUGCCCAUACAAUUUAUAUAUAAAUAUUUAAUAAUAUAAAUCUUGUAGUCAAAUGUGUGAGUGGACUUUCUAAUAUGCACAUGUGCAGUGCUUUUGUCAAUAAAAACUAAGGUUUAAAAAAAGAAAAAAAAAAGAAAAAAAAAAGUUGGGUCGUUUUUAUACAAUGCAGUUGUGCACAGGUAACCUUGCUAGUACCUAGAUAAAAAGCUUGCUGUAGUUUGUUUUAGUGUUGAUUUAUUUAGAUGGAGCAGUCUAUCGGUUCUUUCUUAUAACCACUUGUAUGUGGAUUCGGGUAUCUAUUUGUUACUACACUCGUUUGGAAAGUUGCUGAUUUUGUGGUGCACAAAGACCUACAAAAUGGCAGGGUGUACAAUACAGUGUGGUGCGGACUGCAGACGUUAAGUUGAAGAGAGUGUUUACUGCAUACCUUGUGUAAUGUGCAAGUUAAAAAUUAACAGACAUGGGAAAAAUUGACAAAAGUCACAGGAUUGACUGACAUUUCUACAUUUGUGUGUAAACAGCAAGUGUGACAAUGCUCAGAAAGCCAUCGGAAAGAAAAGCCCGUGGGUGUGAUUGAAUAUUUCACACUGGAAGGGCUACAAACUGUCCUUUUAUGUUCCAUUUCCAUAAUUUGCGAUCAGUUCCAUUAGUACUUUCUGCCAGAUCUGUUUCAGGCAAGCUUGAUUGGGGACUGCCAGCACUGCACUUUUGUUGGGGGAGGGAGUAGUCAUCUUCAUAACCACAAUCCAUCAAGCAAAUCAUUCAUACAACAAUCAAAGAGGGUAAAGUCAUUGCUAGUCAAUGUAAACAGUUUUUGCCCACAUCUUAACCAGAGGCUGUGCAUCAGCAAAAUCAGCAUCGGGAGGUAGAGCAGCUUAUUCAACUUGAACCUGCCCUCUUGUUGGAAGAAUAAACACUCUGCCAACAACUUUUAGACUCUUAUACAUGUAUACAUAUACAAAGUGUUGUCACACCUUGUGUUCAUAGCUGGUAAUACCUGUGCACAACUGGUAAUUGUUGGGGGAACCAACUCAUGUCUUUUUUGUGUCAUUUCAUGUCUGUGUGAUGGGUGCACGUGCCUGUCGACCAUCUUGUAUAAUAUUAUAUUACAAUUAGAAAAGAGUAAAAGGAAAUUUAAAGAAAAUACCAGCACAGCGCUAUUGAUAUUUAACGGAGUAUUCAGACAAAACCCAUUUUUCCAUUGACUGUGAGAUUUGAAUUAUUACAGAUGUAUGUCGCUGUAGACAAAGGUGUUACCACGGUUACGCUGCCUUUUUCUUCAGUAAAUAAUAAAAAAUAUACUAGAAUAGCCCAUUCUGUUGA